UCUCUCUCAUCUCUCUCUCUCUCUCUCUCUCUCUCUCUCUCUAUAGAGUCUCUAUCCCUCUCUCUCCUCUCCGCAACCUGGGCUCUUCUGCUCCUGACGAACAGUGGAUUCCCACCGCCAAUUGGCCAAGUGGGCUUUGCUGUUGCUGUUGCUGUUGCGAAUCUCCUCUCAAUCCCCUUUGGGGUAAACCCCCCCCAAAAAAAAGGGAAAAAAAAAAGAAAAACCUUUUCGGAGCCCUCUCUCUCUCUCUCUCUCUCUCUCUCUCUCUCUCUCUCUCUCUCCCUCUCUCUACACUCUAUUUUGAGCUUUGAUCGCAAGGUUGCGAGCCCAUACCCCGAUCGUGGUUGAAAAUUUUUAUUUUUGAUUAGUAGAGGGUCUGGUAAAUAGUGUUCUGACGAUGAGGAUCUUAGACAAUUUGGGUCAGCACUCAGGCUCAACGCAAUCAGAAGAAUCGGCAUUAGACAUGGAGAGAAAUGCUUGCCAUCACCACCUACUGCCCUCUAAUGCUCCUUCUCCUCUUCAACCAAUUGCUUCUGGAUGUCAACACAACGAGGGUAGCGCUGCGUAUUUUUCCUGGCCCACAUCCACUUUAUUGCACGGAAAUGCCGAGGGCCGCGCCAACUACUUUGGGAAUCUUCAGAAAGGAGUUUUACCGGGCCAUCUCGGCCGACUGCCGAAGGGCAAGCAGGCCACCACGCUGCUCGAUUUGAUGACUAUAAGAGCGUUUCAUAGCAAGAUCUUGCGUCGCUACAGCCUCGGUACGGCGGUAGGUUUCCGGAUUAGGAAAGGGACUUUGACUGAAAUACCGGCGAUUCUUGUUUUCGUUGCUAGAAAAGUUCAUAGGAAAUGGCUCACACAGAGCCAGUGCCUUCCGGCUGCCCUUGAGGGUCCUGGAGAUGUUUGGUGUGAUGUGGAUGUUUUGGAAUUUUCUUAUUAUGGUGCACCAGCCCCAACCCCCAAAGAGCAACUGUAUGAUGAACUCGUCGAUGGCUUGCGUGGUAGUGAUCCGUGUAUUGGUUCAGGUUCUCAGGUGGCGAGCCAGGAGACUUACGGGACAUUAGGAGCUAUCGUGAAGAGUCGAACAGGCAGCAAGCAAGUGGGUUUCCUCACAAAUCGUCAUGUGGCGGUCGACUUGGACUACCCAAAUCAGAAGAUGUUUCACCCGUUACCGCCGAACCUUGGUCCUGGAGUUUAUUUAGGCGCCGUUGAAAGGGCAACAUCAUUUAUAACCGAUGAUGUUUGGUAUGGGAUUUAUGCCGGCACAAACCCAGAUUUCUUACAUUACAAUGCGCCCACAGAGACGUUCGUUCGCGCUGACGGGGCAUUCAUUCCCUUUGCUGACGACUUUGACAUUUCCAGUGUCACGACCUCGGUAAAAGGAGUAGGUGAAAUUGGCGACGUAAAACUAAUAGACCUUCAAGCCCCAAUCGGUAGCUUAAUCGGACAGCAGGUUUUAAAAGUUGGUAGAAGCUCCGGUCUAACCACCGGAAUUGUAAUGGCUUAUGCUCUUGAGUACAAUGACGAAAAAGGCAUUUGUUUUUUCACUGAUUUUCUUGUUGUCGGCGAGAACCAACAAACAUUUGAUUUAGAAGGUGACAGUGGGAGCCUCAUAAUAUUGAAAGGACUAGACAGGGAAAAGCCACAACCUAUAGGAAUAAUCUGGGGCGGAACGGCUAACCGCGGGAGGCUGAAGCUUAAAAGCGGGCAGAGUCCUGAGAAUUGGACCAGUGGAGUCGAUCUGGGUCGGCUUCUGGAUCUUUUGGAGCUCGAUCUUAUAACGACCAACGAACGCCUUCGCGAUGCGGUCGAGGAGCAAAGGAUGGUCUUGAAUGCAGUGGCUAAUUCGGCGGUCGCCGAAUCUUCCCCUCCUCCGAUGUGCAACGCUCAGAACGACAAGAUUGAGGAGAUCUACGAGCCUUUAGGCCUUAACAUUCAACAGCUGCCCCCUCAACUCGGCUCGAAUUCGGGAAUGGACCAGCCCCUGAUAAACACCGAGUUUCACGUGGAAACAGUCGAAGCUGCGAAUAACGUCGAAGAGCGCCUGUUCAUUCCGAACUUGAUCAGCAUGUCUCCCAUGCGCUGCGCCCAGGGAAAUUCGAAAGAAAUGAAGAGCCUUGCGGAGCUACGGAACUCGUCUGACGAGGAUGUUUUUGUUUCUCUCCAGCUGGGGGAUCGGGAACAUAAAAAGCUGCGCUCGGACCCGCAAUCGAGCUCAGAUUUGCAGGAGUGAGGAGGGGAGUUUUGUAAUAUAUUGUUCGAGAUCAUUUUGUGGUUUUUCUUUCUUUUUUUCUCUUUCUUUUCUGGGCGUCGGGGGCGAGGUGGGUUAAAAACUUUUGUAAGUUAUUAAUCAUCGAAAGAGGCGAAGCGCGUUGAUAUUGUUGAUUCCUGAAGAGGAAUUCGGAACCUUGCUGGAAAUGGAUCUGAUUUCAUUUUGUAAGCUUAUGCUGUGAAUCAAAUGAGAAACCUGUCCUGGAACAUCAUCCUUCCUUUAA